AUGUUGCGGCUGCUGCGCACGAAGCAGAACCUGUUCCGGCCCGGCGCGCGACGUCUUCCACCCAACGUUCGCCCCGGGCCCGACAGUAUACAGCUGCAGCGCGUCAAGAUACGCCGGAAGUGGUUCAGGCCCUGGAUAUUUCUCGGCUCCGCUGCCAUCUACUACGCCUGCUACCAGAUCUACACCACCUCCGUCUUCAGCAUCCUGGGCAAGUGGCUCGAUGAGCAGUAUGCCAACAUGUCCGCCAAGGAGCGGAAACUGCUGGAGAAGGAGAUCGAGGAGACCGACGCUUCCUUCUUCAUCCCGCUUCCCGGCACCACCCACAUGAUCGAGCCGAGGCCGUACAGGGGCUCCGAUCCCGAGUGGAAGCAGUUUGCCCAGCUGAGUCGCGACCCCAAACAGAUCACCGACGUCAAAUAUACCCUGGCCCAGUAUGUGCGCAAGGCUAUUGAGGGGCAUCCCAUCAUCUCCCGGGACUUUGGCAAGGACUGGAAGCUCACGAGGACCUGGUUCGAUGUCAACUAUCCUCAACGGCCGCCCCCUACAUUCGAGCGCCAAGGGAUAUGCUGGGAUGACGACGGUAUCUCGAUUGCGACCCAACCCGUCGACUCUGCCACUGUUUUCAAGCUACAGCGAACCCUCAUGCCCACCGCCGCCACCCUGUCCCUGUGGAGCUUCAGCACCACUCUCGCCAAACACAACUUUUGGACCAUGGCCAAGUAUUUGGGUUAUGAUGCCAAACCGGAUCCCUCCUCCCAGCUCGAGCAAACAUUGGACCGGCUGCGCCAACACAUCGGGAAAACCCAGUCCAGGCCCCCUCCCCCCGUCCCGGAUACGAACUCGCUCGAGUCCAAGUCGGCAGAGACGAAAGACUUGGCACCCACGACAAAACGGCAGACAGCCGACGGCGCCGCCGCAGGCUCCACUCCCUCUGCGCCACCGCCAGAAGGCACGGCUCAGGAGGCAUCCGGCAAGGGGUUUCCGCAGGCGAUCAGGCCCUUCUCCAGGCCCGCGCCAGAAGGCUCCGAGCAGAAAAUCCCCAGCGCCAAGGAUAUAUACGGCGUCAAAGAAGUAUCGGCGACUACUACUGGCGCAUGGCAGGCCAUGAGACAGAAAUUCCGGAGGGUGUGGCGCCCAGUCAGGCCCUUCCCACCCCGAGGAUCAGUCGAAUUCCGCGGCCUUGUGGAGGUGGCAAGUUCAAAGGCCUCGAUCGUGGUGGACGUGCAAGCUUUCUACGAUCCCAAAUCUCAAACCAUUGAUACAAAAACCAUGGUCUUGGGCCUACGGACGUUGAAGCCGAGGCAGAUGGCGCCAGCGAGGUGA